CUGGGAUACUCGAACUCCUCUGAAAUUUACACCAACACGACUCAAGUAGGAGACAAUGAUACAACAUGGAUAAACAACGUCCAGUGUACCGGAAAUGAAGACUCGCUAUUUUCCUGUGUUCACGGUGAAUGGAGAAACAGCAGCUGUGCAAAUAACAGAACGGCUGCCGUGGUGUGCAGUGGACCUGAAGUUCGGUUGAUUGGUAGCGUACAUGACGUAUACCGAGGUCGUGUUGAAGUCUUGUACAAUGGAGUCUGGGGAAGAAUUUGUUUUUCGGGGGAAUGGACAAUAACAGAAUCUAACGUGGUUUGUCGGCAGCUUGGAUACGAUGGUGCUUUGUUAGAAACUUACAAUGGAGGAGGGUUUGAUGUGGAAGCCGGAGUUAUAGGGUUCACUAAUGUAGAAUGCGUAGGAAAUGAGAACUCGAUAUUGAACUGUGCUUCGAGAUUCAGACAGUUUCGGCUGAUUCAAGGGCUUUCUGCCAGGGAAGGCCUUGUUCAAGUUUACCUCAAUAACACCUGGGUGUGGGUCUGUGAUCAGCAAUGGGACAAACAAGACGCUGAUGUGGUUUGCAGAGAGCUGGGUUACACAGGCGCGCCUGUACUUUUCAGUGGUUCAGCUAAUGUGCAAGGAAAUGACACUUUACGGAUUAACAGUGUCCAGUGUAUUGGUGGGUGGACAAAUGGAAGCUGUGUAAUCGGUCAGAACGCUGGUGUGGUUUGCAAUGGACCAGAAGUCCGGCUCACCCACAGAGACCAGUUCAGUUGGCAACCUGAAGUGCAAGUACUGUUCAGAGGAUUCUGGGGGUCAGUUUGCAGUGACUUCUGGGACCUACAAGACGCGAACGUAGUUUGUCAUCAGCUUGGUCACGAAGGCGCCUUAGCAGCUCCUGUUUAUCAUGAACCAUAUGGAGAAAUUAGAACUGAACAAAUAUGUCUGGGAUUUAUGGAAUGUAUCGGGAACGAAAGCUCAGUUCUGUAUUGCGCACAUGACGAAUGGAAAGUUUCUUCUGAACAACGUGAAACAAGUUUUGGCACUGGCCAAAGCAUUGCAAUUUGUACUCCUAAAGGAAUUGUUGGAGCUCCAGCUUCGCCGCCAGAAGGUGUAGUACAAGUGUUUUAUAACAACACCUGGGGCUGGGUUUGUGAUGAACAGUGGGAUAAACAAAACGCUGAUGUGGUUUGUAGAGAGUUAGGUCUCACCAACUCGUCUGCAGCACAGAUCGUUCCAGCUAGUAACCAGGAACAUGGAACGAUAUGGACAAACAACGUGCAGUGUGUUGGAAACGAGAGUUCGCUCUUUUCAUGUCCCCAUGACGGAUGGAAACUGAAUGGUAGCUAUGGAAAUAAUCAAAGAGCUGGUUUGGUUUGCAGUGGAUGUGAUGGUGAGAUACUUUGUUAUCGUUCAGUCACCAUGGAGGGUAUACAGUAAAGAAGAGUAAUAGUAAAAUGCUCUUGCUUCAGCUUACCAAUCUAGUAAUGUAGAAACUUUUAAUGCCUAGAGAGCCACACCCUAGCUCGUGGAAGCACGUGAGGAAAUGGGAAGAUCAGGAAAAAAAAUUAGAGGGAUUUACAGGAGCCUUGAACGGCGAUAUUAUUCUUUGCUUGUUAACUGUUUGGCAUUAAGGGCACCUGCCUGUGUGCUAUGUAUCGAUUUAAGAGUGCCUGCCCGUAAAAAUCAGACAAAUUGUUAAUU